GCACAAGUGAUUGAGCUCCGUUCGUGUUGCGCGUAUCCGUUUCCGUUAUCGUUUUUGUUGUUGCCGUUGACGCCGCUGUCAACGUGUGCCACUCUGUUAACUCCUGUUGACUAGUUUGCCACUCGCUCGCGUUCCGCACCGUAAUCUAGCUUUAGACGGAAGUUGUUAGUCCUUUCAUACAUACGUAACAUUGAAAAGGAUACAACCGCUACAGCGAAACCAAAGAUAACACAACUGAGGAUUACAUCGCAAAUUCUACACGUGCUAAAUUCACCACAAAUGAUGAUUUUGCGGAUAACAGCAGUAACGUUCCUGCUAGCGGCCAGUUGCAGUGAUGCCGUUGUUGUGAAGCCGCGGCCACAAUAUGGCCCACCACCACCACAACGACAGCCACAUCGUGAGUAUGGCGUACCACAGCAGAUACCGUUCCGUGAAUAUGGCCCACCAGCACUAAAGUAUGGACCACCCAAAUUCAUUAGCGGCGGCAAUGGUGGCAGCUUCUCUUCAAGUAGUAGCAGCAGCAGCAGCAAUAGCUUUAACAGUGGCUUCAACGAACAAAUCAAAUCGCAUUUCGGUGUGCCAAAGCCAUUCUAUGGUCCACCACAUAUUCAACAUAAGCCCGCGCCCAAUUAUGGACCACCACAGGCACAGUAUGGCCCACCACCACGUCCUGCGCCACAAUACGGACCACCACCACCAAGGCCAUCACAACAAUAUGGCCCACCACCUCGUCCCAGCUAUGGACCACCACCACAGUCGCUGCCUUCGCCAUUACCCGCGCCUCUGUUCAAACCUGAACAUUCACCAGCCAGUUCUUAUGGUCCACCACCCUCAGGACCGCUAAAUUUGCCACCCAAACCUGUGUAUGGACCACCUAAGCCUUCGUAUGGUCCACCGCCAUUAGCUUUAGGACUUACUGGCCCCGGUCCAGCGCCUGCCAACUUCAACAAAGUGCCUGAAACAACGAUUAUACUGGCAAGCGGUGGCGGUAAUGGCGGCUCCUCCGGUGGCCAUCAUCAUGGUAAUGGCGGCGGCCCAGUAAAACAAGUGCAAAUCCAAAUAGAUGCCUCAGGACAUACGCACAGUGUAAGCGGCUCACAAGCACCAUUUCACACAGCUUGCGACGGUUGGAAACCGAUACCAGCACCUGUAGGAUCCUAUGUAGAGGGCAACAACAUUGAGACUCAAUCUGGUUAUAGUCACGUCGCACAAGGUAGCUUCGGCACACAGUACAGCGGGGGUGCAAGUAUUUCCGGCGGCAGUCAUGGUGUUGCAACUGGCAGUGGUGGUAGCAUUAUUGCCGGAUUGAGCGAUGCACAACUUGUUGCGGUUGCGUUACAAUCAGGUGGGUUCGAUGGGUCCAACCAUGGUCCACAAUUGCCACCCACGGGACCAACGGGUGAUUUCAAGCAACAAAAUAUUAACUCGAUCGAAACUGAUGUUUUACAGGUUGCUCUUGGCGGUGGCGAUGAUUCGUAUAGCAAACCACCGGCAGACUCUUAUGCGCCCGGCUCGAUUCACGCGCAUAAACACAAUAACAUUAAUGGCGGAUUAAUUCCACCCAGCGGUAACUAUGGACCACCCCCGCCGCCACCACCAGUGGAUAGUUAUGGCCCACCACCGAGUGGUAACUACCUUCCACCACCAAGUGGCAAUUAUGGACCACCACCAUCUCAAUUGCCUCCACCAAGUGGCAAUUACGGACCACCACCACCACCAUUGCCACCAAACGACAAUUAUGGACCUCCUCCACCACCACCUUCCAGUGCCGCGCUAUUCGUGGAAAAUCACCACUCCUCGUCUGCAUCCUCCUCCUCAUCCUCUCAAGCUGGCUUACAUUAUGGCUCGCAAUCCGGCAAUGUUCUGAAUGUUCCUACGCAUGGUGCUUCGCAACCUAGUCGUCCGGUAUCGUUCCGGCCACCAGUCCCUCAAGGUCUGCUAGAGUCUAUUGGUGAUGCCGUGCAACAUUUGGAUCAAUUUGGUGUUAAACCACCAACUCAGUCGCCCACUUACAUACCACCUGCAGCAAAUGAAAUCGCCGAUAAUGGGAUUGGUUCGGAAUACGGUCCACCUCCACCACCGCCUGCGCAAAUCAAUGUGCCCAUUGGCGUUAUUGAGCAGCAGUUGCCACAAGUACAGCCGCCUCAGGUCUUCACACAGGUAAAUCAGCAACACGAACACCACAAUCAUCAACAAAACACACAAAACUUUCAACAUCAACAACAACAAAUACAACAACAACAAUUCCAACAGCAUGGUUCAUUCCAAGAAUUCCCACCAUUGUCUCCACCUCCUCCACAACCCCAAUUUCAAAUUUUACCCCCAUUACAGGAGCAUCGUGGCAACGCACAAAACCAAUAUGGUCCACCUUUGCCACCACCACCACCGCAACAGCAGUAUCUACCCCCACCACCACCACCACCACAACAUGGUCGCCCCUUCCCACAACCUCCACCACCACCAUCUCAACAAUAUCUGCCACCGACACAACAAACUGGUCCAGUAACCUUCCAGCAGCAAAGUAGCGCAUCCUCGAGCUCCAGCUUCGAAAAGUCAUACUCUUCCUCGCAGCACAAUGAGCAAUUCAUACACGCGCAAGCCUUGCCUCUGCAACAGGAACCGCGCUUCACGCAGGUUCAUGAUUGUGGUCAAGGACCGAACCUAGUCAGUGCAGGCUAUCAAUUGCAGCAACAGAAUCAGUAUCAACAACAAAACCAGUAUCAGCAACAACAGCAACAUCAGUUCCAACAGCAACACUCGCAACAAUACUCCGCCUCAAACUCGGUUUCGAGCACCUCAGCUAACGCCUACAACGCCAUCUCGCAAAGCAUACCUGUGGCUGAGACACACACACAGUUCGUUGAGCAAGAACCUGCCGACAGCUACGGACUACCGUCAGCCGGUAAUCACCUCGAUCAUGACUAUGACGGCUAUGCUUCACAGAAGUCCUCUGUAGCGGCGCUGCCAGAUGGCACUAAUCCUCAAGAACUGCCCGGUCUCGAUGGUCUUAAUGUGAUUUCUGCGCAGAAAUCUCAAUCCAUACAGCUGUCGCCUGAACAGGUCAGUGGCGCGGCGCAUUCUCAAUAUGAACCUACAUUCCAACUGGACAUUGCCGGUAAUGGCGCAAAAUCGGUACAAACCGAACAGUCCGCUAAUCAUGAAGAGAUACUGUCGGAAGGCUUACUGCAAUCGAUAUUAACCGCCAUUGAGCAACCCCAACAAAAGGGUGUGCAGCAUCAGCACACCGUACAGGUGAUCACAAAUCAAAAUAACGACAUCUACGGUCAUGGCGCACAAAGCCGCUCCGACACAGACAUACAGGAAGAUGCCACGCCCGACGAUGAACACGAGCCCGAAGUGGCCGAAUCCGACAAAGUUGAGGUGCAAGUAAACGCCGAUGGCGAAGAAGUGGCGACAGUGCGGGAAAUUAAGCCGAUUGUAGCGGCCGAAAUCGAUGACGAUGAAGCGAAGCAUUAGCGACCUAGAUAUAAAUAACGGUAGA